AAGGCGAGGAAUUCUGGUGCUUGCCUGUGGAACAGAAACCAUCCUGCACUCACCUCGCACCUCUCUGAAUAAGGCAGCUGGUGUUUGGGAUGCUGUAUCCUGCAUAUUACUCAUACAAAGCUGUGAAGACAAAAAAUGUGAAGGAAUAUGUUCGCUGGAUGAUGUAUUGGAUUGUGUUUGCUCUGUACACAGUCACUGAAACAAUAACAGACCUAACAGUCUCUUGGUUUCCACUGUACUAUGAACUGAAGAUAGCUUUCGUUAUCUGGCUCCUUUCCCCAUAUACCAGAGGGGCAAGUUUAAUCUACAGAAAAUUUCUCCACCCACUGCUUUCUUCUAAAGAAAGGGAGAUUGAUGAGUACAUCGUGCAAGCCAAAGAAAGAGGUUAUGAGACCAUGGUGAAUUUUGGAAGGCAAGGGUUGAAUUUGGCAGCAACUGCUGCAGUGACAGCAGCUGUAAAGAGCCAAGGUGCAAUAACUGAGAAGCUGAGGAGUUUCAGUAUGCACGACCUGACCACUAUACAAGGAGAUGAGCCUGUGGGGCAGCCCUAUCAGACCUUACCAGAAGCAAAAAAGAAAACCAGAGCCUCUACAAGUGAAUCUUCAGAAAAAAAUUUUUUAAAAGGUUACAAAACACCACUGGAAAAAAAUGCUGGAGAUGAUAAAACAGAUGAGGAGAUGGAGGGGACACAUUCAGAGGAUGAAAUGUUUGCUCAGAGAGGCCUUCGAAGAACUCAGAGCAUGAAAUCUGUGAAAACUAAAGGCCGUAAAGAGAUACGAUAUGGAUCCCUGAAAUACAGAGUAAAGAAGAGACCUGUUGUCUACUUCUGAGUGCAUUGCACAAUGCCUGCAAGACAAACUGCUGUACUCUGAUAACUUGAAUUUCAGUGUGUCAAGUGUUACAGACCUGUGUAUGGUUCACAUAUGAGUAUGUUUGGAUAGAUACAGUAGGACUUGGUUUUCUGAGCCCAGGUGAUGGGAUAAAGUAUUACUCUGCUCUUCUGUAAUUGCUUAUUGUUUAGAUUUAAAUCUGGACAAGUUAUGGUAUGAAUUUCAGCACUCCUCAAAGUGGGGUUAAAUGAGUAACAGGAAGCAGCCUUUUGCCAGAGGUACUGAACAGACAGAAAUAAUUACAACUCCAGUUGAAUCAGUGGAAGUUGUGAGUAUUUGGAGCGUGUGAAAAUGGAACCCAUAGUGUCCCCGAGUUUACAAGGAAAGAUAGAUAUACUUGAAAUACUUUUCUGAGCUACAAUUCCUGAAAAGGCCUGUGUGUAAUUUUUAAAUGUACAGUUUCAAGGACAGUGGAUGAUGGUGGGAAAGGAAAAGGAAAGGUGAGGUUAGAUAGGAUACAUCCUAAACAUCAUCAUCUUGCAUCAUGUUGCCAAGCUUAAUAAAUUUAUAUAAUUCUAAUAGGUGCAAACUGGGGGUACAUUUAGCACUUUAUGCAAAACUGUGUAGUUUUGCACACUCUUAAUAAUUUACAACUGCACAUGUAAUUUUAGUGACUUGAUAGGUUGAAUGCCAGCAAUUCUUGUAUUUUUAAAAUUUAUUGUUUAAGUACAGCUAGGAUGCUAUAGAUAAUUGCUACUAACAAUAUUAUCAGGUGCCUUUCUGUGUAUUAUAAGGCUGUGUGGGUUUUGUCUGUGUGGGGGUUUUU